UCACCGAUUGGCAUUGUGGGUAGGCGGAAAAAGGCUCGAAACUGUGCGUGAAAGCGACGAGUGCACGUUUUUUGUUCUUACAAAGAAAGGGGAGAAGUUCGACAAAGACGUAAUUUUUCAGGACAGAGUUAAGUAGCAAAGCUGUAAAGAUGUCCAUUGGUGUACCCAUCAAAGUAUUGCAUGAAGCAGAGGGACACAUUGUGACCUGUGAAACCAACACUGGAGAGGUUUACAGGGGCAAACUGAUAGAAGCUGAGGACAACAUGAACUGCCAGAUGUCUAACAUUACAGUGACUUACCGUGAUGGGAGGGUGGCACAGCUGGAGCAAGUCUACAUCCGUGGUAGCAAGAUUCGUUUCCUGAUCCUACCAGACAUGUUAAAAAAUGCUCCCAUGCUAAAGAGUAUGAAGAACAAGAACCAGGGGUCGGGAGCAGGAAGGGGCAAAGCAGCCAUUCUGAAAGCACAGGUGGCUGCUAGGGGUCGAGGCCGUGGCGGAAUGGGAAGGGGCAACAUCUUCCAGAAGAGACGAUAACUGCUUGAGUUGGCAAUAAAAUUAAUCUUUUUUUUUUUUUUUUUGUAUAGACCUUUUUCUGGAAUUGGAUCCUCCCAGUUGAUUGGUGUUUCUUAUUGGUUUUCUUAUUCUUUAAACGAAAUAAACCUUUCGAUUAAAGCUGUCUCUUCUUGUA